AUGGCGCCGGCCUGUCCCUCCUUCGAGCUGCUCAGACUUUCAACCCGCCGAGAGUAUGUUUUGGUCUUCGAUGACCCAGGGAAGGCCUUGGAGAAGAUCUCCAAUCUCUGGCGUGAACUAUUACUUGGCUUCAGCGCCCCGCUCAUUAGAACCUGCAUCCCCCCCGUGGGAUCCGGGGGGGUGGGUCGCGAGACCGCGUCGUCGUACGCGAGCCCACUGAACAUCUCCGCCGGCGGGAGGGAGCAUUACAGCACGCGGGGCCUCGGCGGGUCGUACCACAGCCCAUACCCGGCCUACAUGAACCCGAGCCUGGGCGGGACGUGGCCGUCGUCCCCCUUCGACAGCUCCGUGCUCCACGGGCUGCAGGGCGCCGGGCAGUCCGCGACGAGGCACCCCAACCUCGACAUGUUUGACGAUUUUGCCGAGGGCCGUGAGUGUGUGAACUGCGGGGCCAUGUCCACCCCCCUGUGGAGGCGAGAUGGAACGGGCCACUACCUCUGCAACGCGUGCGGACUGUACCACAAAAUGAACGGUAUCAACAGACCGCUCAUUAAACCCCAACGGAGGCUGUCUGCGUCGCGGAGGGUGGGGCUGUCCUGCACCAACUGUCACACCACCACCACCACCCUGUGGCGGAGGAACGGCGAGGGGGAGCCCGUCUGCAACGCCUGCGGCCUCUACAUGAAGCUCCACGGGGUCCCCCGACCUCUGGCCAUGAAGAAAGAAGGGAUCCAGACCCGGAAACGCAAACCCAAGAGCCUCAACAAACCUCACCUAGGGUCGCCAGGAUGUGACGGCUCCCCUGCAAACACCAGCACCACGCCAGUCGCCCCCACCAUCAGCACCGCCCCCCCCGUGGACGAACCACGGCAGAUCAAGGCAGAGCCAAACACCUCCAACCUGUACACACACCACAGCACACACAACCAGAGUUCCGCCCUACCCGCUUACAUGAACGUCCAUGGAGGGGCCCAUCCUCUUAAAAUGUCUCCUAGGGCCCACGUGGGGGCCUCAAGCUCCAAACCAGAACCCUGGAACAACUUAAUCCUUGCCUAGGGUGCCCCGUACCUGCGAUAUCACGAUACCUGAUACAGAUACACACAAGCAUAUGUUCCUAGAUGGAGGAUGAUGUUUAGAUAAUGGGGGAUACGUCGAUUUUGCGCUGUGUUUGUUCUGUGAGUUUAUAUCAUCCGUCAGCAAAACACACAACUCCACUACGAUGCAGAAAUGGAUCGGAAACACUACACAUCAAAAUAUAUGCUGGGCAAUGCAUACCUGGUCUGGCAGGAAGGGUUGGUUUUUUGUUGGAUCCGAACAUCUGAGUAUCCUUACUAAAGUGUAGGCUAAUAUACUUAUAUUGAACUUAAGGUUUGAAACACUCAUCUAAGUAUGGCCACACAAAAACAUCAAGUGCUUCAACAAUACAGUGUUAUAUACUGGUUUGGAUCAGGGUCAUUUAAAAAUAGCUGAUCUGCGUGGAAUUUCCCCUCCUUUUAGUUAGUAGCCUAGUCAUUUCGUGUCAACUUGUUGACAAACUGUCAUGGUAAUUUAUAAUAGGUCAUGACUCGUAAACUGGAAAAAGAAUACCGGUCAAAACUGCCGGGAAAAUGCCACGCUACUCCAACAAAUAGUCGACACAACCAUGAAGUAUAGCCUUCUAUACUUACUUGAAAAGUUGAACUCAACUCAAAACCCAGAUAGUGCAUCACUCCUCCAGACAAAUUUUCAAACGGCCUCUAGAUUGUAACACAUGAUCACCCUCGAGGCUUGGAAAAGGCCGGCUUAUUUCACUUUAAUUUAAGAAUGGACAAAUACAUCUUACAUUUUCAUUACUCAGAGUGAUACAAAUGUAUAACUACUUAUGUGACUAAAACGAUGCUCACAAAUCAUGUGAUGUGAAUGAGUUGACCUGCCCGCAGCGCUCUCUCUGUAUUGUAACCUUCUAGUGCACCUUUCUCUUGUAAGAUAUGGAAAUGCUUCUCUGAUUUAGGUCUUUUUUGUAGGGUCUGGCUAAUAUUUAUGUACACAUAUAUAUAUAUAUAUAUAUAUAUAUAUAUCCAAAACCCCAUAACUGUGUAAUAAACCUUUUUCAUAGUAGAUGUGAUGUCAAAAAUACUGUUAUUUUCUUUCUUCAAAAUACUGCCAAAAUGUAUGCUUUAAUUAACCUGUGACAAACCUGGAGAAAUAUGAAUGAACUGGCGGUGGUCUAGACAUUUCUACAUAAUGUUAUUAUCCUAAAUAUAAAUAUGCAAUCCUUUAUGUAAAGAAAACAACCUCCACUCCAGUUAACGCACCGACGCACCGACGAAUGUGUGUGUGGAAGAUCUCCCCGUGCACCAGCUACUACCGGAGAUCGUUCCUCUAUGCCUAGCUGAAGCCCUGCAGAGGACACUGUAAUAAAGACAAAACAUUAUGCGUACACAA